AUGGAAAAUAUCCGCGUCGUGGUGCGUGUGCGCCCGUUCUUGUCCGCAGAGGGGCUGCAUCAAUGCGUGACGGUGAACGACACACAAAUUAUGGUCGGCGACGAGCGUCAAUUUGCCUUUGACGAGGUCUUUGACAUGGACGCGACAUCGGCUAGAGUGAAUGAAUCCGUUGCGGCGCCGCUCGUGGAGGCGUACGUGAACGGCUACACCGCCUCCACCAUCGCGUACGGGCAGACAGGCGCGGGGAAGACAUACACUAUGUCGCGCCUCUCGGCGGACGUCGCGCGUCGUGUGUACGCCGCACUGCGGGCGAGCCCCUCCGCCGAAGAGGGCGCGAGGCCGGAGCUCCGCUUCUCCGCCGUGGAGGUGUAUAACGAGAACAUCAGCGACCUCAUCGGUACAGCGACCCCCUCUGCGUCGCAGUCGCUGCCGCUGCGUGAGGACGCGCGGUGUGGGGUGUACAUUCAGGGCCUCUCGGAGAUCGUCGUUGACGGUGAGGAUGAGCUGCUCGCGUGGAUCAAGAAGUCGACCGCCAACCGGCACACCGCCUCAACGCUGAUUAACGAGACGAGCUCCCGCUCCCACUGCCUCCUCACGAUGACACUCACGCACAAUGGGACGGUGUCGCGCUUCGGCCUGGUGGAUCUAGCGGGGAGCGAGCGUAUCAAGAAGACCCACGGCCACCGCUUCACAACAGGGAACAUCGACGACGUGGAUGACGAGCGGCAUGUGACGCUGGGCAGCGGCAGAAGCAGCACCUCCAAUCUAAAGGGUGCUGGAGUGGCAUCGCGGAUGCGAGAAGGCAUCAGCAUCAACAGUGGCCUCCUCUCGCUUGGUAACGUAAUUGUGGCCCUCUGUGAGCGGAAGGCACAUGUUCCGUACCGCACGUCGAAACUGACACGCCUGCUGCAGCCAAUGCUAAGUGGCAACUCCAAAACAACAAUGAUCGCCUGCGUCUCGCCAGAUGCGUUGUCGUUUGAAGAGACACUGAACACACUCAAGUAUGCUGAUCGUGCCAAGUCAAUCCGAACCACUCCAUUUCAAGUGGCUGCAAGGUAUUCAACAACAGAGGAUGCGGAAAACACGAUCCUUUGUCUCCGGCAGCAGCUUGAGGACGCACAGCGGCAGCUACAAGUGCAGCAAACCCUCUCCACGUUCAAGUUUCCCACAAGCAGAAGUUCGACCUGGGAGGAAUUGGAGAUGCAACUCGCAAGCGAGCGUAACUUAACGCGUCGACUUCAAGAAGACCUCUUUAAUGCUGAGUACACUGCGAUGGUGGUGGAGGAAAAGCGCAAGCAACUCGAGCAGCGUCUAUUGGCCCUUGAAGCCAAGCAACAAGGUAGCACCGAGAUGGAAGGAGCAAAUGCUGCGAAGCCGUUGGUCGAGGUAGUUACUGAGGAGGAACAAGAUGAGGCCUCGGCGAAGCAGUCGCUACUGCUUCAACUCGAGGCGGAGCGCGACGAAUUGUGUGCACAAAAGAGGCAAAGCGAGGCUGACGCGGUGCGUUUGGCACAACUCGACGAAGCCGCACAGAAAGUGGAAAGUGGGAGUAGUAGUAGUGGUACUGGCGCUGGCGCUUGUGGUGAAAGUGGGGGGGUUGCUGAUGAUGCUUCGCUGCGGGAGAAAAUCUCCCGCGAGAUUGAGUCGAAGGAGGGCCUGAUCCGGCAACUAGUACAGCAGAACGAGGAGGCUGCGCGGGCGUUGGAGCAUUCCAAGCAGCAGCAGGCGGAGAUGCUUGAGGUGAAGCGGCGCCUUGAAGAAGAGUUGGCGUGCGCCGAGGUCAAGUUGGAGGCGACGGAAAUGGCGCGGCAGAACAAGGAGGAGGAGCGGCGCAAACUACAGGCGCACUACCAGCAGCGGCUGCGCAAAGCAGAGGAGGCGGCCGCUGAGUACCGAAGGAAAGUCCAGGAGGCGGCCUCGCUCGUCACCGCGAGUGGGGCAAACGCAGAGGUGAUCAAGCACUUGCAGGCCCAGGUGUUGGAAUUGAGCGAGGAACUUAACCGACAGCACUACGUCGUACGGGAGGGCCAGAAGCGUGUUCAGAAGAUGGCGGCCUCACAUUUGCAGGAGAUGAGUCAUCUCCAAAAACAAAUGCGCGAGACUGAAGCGCAGGUGGCACGCUUGCAUGUGCAGCUCCAAAAGAAGGAACGGGAAAUUGCGCGCGUUAAGAGCGGCAACGCUAGCCGCCGCCAUCCGGCGGCGCAUCCCCCACAGCCUCCGGCGGAGCAGUCGAUCACGCGGCAGGCGGAUGCACAAGAGGAGAUCGAUGUAGAGUUAUUGGCACUUGCCAGCUUGGAAAAGGAGCUCGACGGGCUCACGGCAUAUCAGGGUGAGCUGAAAAAGACGUUGACCGAUACACAGGGGUGCACAGGGGGGAUGCCAAGAUGGAAGAAGGCAAAAAAAGGGUUUUCUAUGCGACUUCGGCGCCUUGAGCAGGAGUUGCAGUCGGAGGGACUCGAUGAGGCGCGCCGGUCGCAGUGUGUAAGGGAAAAGGUGAGUGUUGAAGAAAAAUUGACUCGGCUGGAGACUCUUGAGCCAAUCUUUGCGCGGGCGAAGAAGCAGCUGGCAGAGUUGGACGACACCAUUGACAGCCUGCAGGAGGCGCGCAAAUAUCAUCUGCGCCGGGCACGUCGCCUGCAAAAGGGGACAGUGACCUCUGUAGGGGGAAAUGGCAGGGCCCUUGAGUUGCUGCGUCGAGAAUUAGACAGCGGCGGAAGCAGCACUACCGGGGCGACCAAGCGACAUGUUUGA